AUGGGCCUGUAUCAAGAUACUGCUCGGUCAUACAGCAAAACGUUCCAUGACCAUGAUGACAACUGUUGUUCCAGCACCUCACAUUUUCCAGACGGCAACCCUAUUUUGAAGUUUUGCAGCUUGAAGUUUUGCAUCUUGGAAAGUUGCAACCUGGAGAAAGUCCCGUUUUGA